UGGCACUGGGGCCAAAAUGAAGACCCCAGCCCCUGCCCGCACCUGCAGCACCAUGCUCGUCCUGCUUGCGCUGCUGGCUGCCCUCCAGGCCACCACUACCCAAAAGAAUGACAUCGACAUCUACAGCCUCACCGUGGACUCCAAGGUCUCAUCCCGAUUUGCCCACACGGUUGUCACCAGCCGGGUGGUCAACCGGGCCAAUACUGUGAAGGAGGCCACCUUCCAGGUGGAGCUGCCCAAGAAAGCCUUCAUCACCAACUUCUCCAUGAUCAUCGAUGGUGUGACCUACCCAGGGAACAUCAAGGAGAAGGCUGCAGCCCAGGAGCAGUACAGCACGGCCGUGGCCAAGGGCCGGACUGCUGGCCUGGUCAAGGCCACUGGGAGAAAGAUGGAGCAGUUCCAGGUGUCAGUCAGCUUGGCCGCAGCUGCCAAAAUCACCUUCGAGCUGGUGUAUGAGGAGCUGCUCAAAAGGCAACUGGGGGUGUACGAGCUGCUGCUCAAAGUCCGGCCCCAGCAGCUGGUCAUGCGCCUGCAGAUGGACAUUCACAUCUUCGAGCCGCAGGGCAUCAGCUUCCUAGAGACGGAGAGCACCUUCAUGACCAAACAGCUGGCAGAAGCCCUCACCACUUCGCAGAACAAGACCAAGGCUCACAUCCAGUUCAAGCCGUCGCUCACCCAGCAGCAAAAGUCUCCAGGGCAGCAGGACACGGUCUUGGACGGCAACUUUAUUGUCCGCUAUGAUGUGGACCGGGCCCUCUCAGGGGGCUCCAUUCAGAUCGAGAAUGGCUACUUUGUGCACUACUUUGCCCCUGAGCGCCUGCCCACCAUGCCCAAGAAUGUGGUCUUCGUCAUUGACAAGAGCGGCUCCAUGAGUGGCAGGAAAAUCCAGCAGACCCGGGAAGCCCUGAUCAAGAUCCUGGACGACCUCCGCCCCAAAGACCAGUUCAACCUCGUCGUCUUCAGCAGGGCGUCAACCCAGUGGAAGCCAUCACUGGUGCCAGCCUCGGCCAAGAACGUGAAGGAGGCCAAGAGCUACGCUGCCAGCAUCCAGGCCCUGGGAGGGACCAACAUCAACAAUGCAAUGAUGACGGCCGUGGAGCUGCUGGACAACAGCAACAGGCAGGAGCUGCUGCCCGCCGGAGGAGUCUCCCUUAUCAUCCUGCUAACCGAUGGCAACCCUACUGAGGGGGAGACCAACCCUGCAAAGAUCCAGAAGAACGUGCGGGAAGCCAUAGAUGGCCAGUACAGCCUCUUCUGCCUGGGCUUCGGCUUUGACGUCAGCUACACCUUCCUGGAGAAGCUGGCGCUGGACAAUCGCGGCCUGGCUCGGCGCAUCUACGAGGACUCGGACUCCGCCUUGCAGCUCCAGGACUUCUACCAGGGGGUGGCCAACCCAUUGCUGACUGGGGUGAACUUUGAGUACCUGAGCAAUGCCGUGGAGAAGGUCACGCGGGAAAACUUCCCUGUCUUCUUCAAGGGCUCAGAGAUGGUGGUGGCCGGGAAGCUCUGCGACCAGAGCCCUGAUGUACUUUCAGCCAAAGUCAGCGGGCGGGUGCACAAGCAGAAUUUCAUCUUCCAAACGGAAUCCAACGUGACUGAGCAGGAGGAGGGGUUCCGGAGCCCCAAGUACAUCUUCCACAACUUCAUGGAGAGACUCUGGGCAUACCUGACCAUCCAGCAACUGCUGGAGCAAAUUGUUUCUGCAUCAGCCACUGAGAGGCCGGCCCUCAAGAACCAAGCUCUGAGCUUGUCACUCAACUACAGCUUUGUCACACCUCUCACGUCUAUGGUGGUCACAAAACCUGAAGGCCAAGAACAGUCUCAAGUUGCUGAGAAGCCCAAGGAAGAUGCCUACUCAACCUGCCCCAGGACCCUUGCACCUGCUCUCCCAGCCUCUAUCCAGGCUCCUCAUGUCAUCCUGCCGCUGCCUGGGCAGAGCGUGGACCGGCUCUGUGUGGACAUUAGGCACUCUCAGGGGACAAUGAAUCUGCUCUUGGACCCUCACCAAGGGGUUGAAGUGACUGGCCAGUUGGAGAAGACUCAGUUUUCAUGGAUUGAAGUGACCUUCAGGAACCCCCGGGUGCGGGUCCGUGUGUCCCCUGAACACGUGGUGGUGACUCGGAACCAAAGAAGCUCUGCUUACAAGUGGAAGGAAACGCUGUUCUCAGUGAUGCCUGGCCUAAAGAUGACCAUGGACAAGACUGGUCUCCUGCUGCUCAGUGGUCCAGACAAAGUGACCAUCGGCCUGUUGUCCUGGGAAGGCUCUGGAGCAGGCCUCAGGCUCCUUCUGCGGGAUACUGACUGCUUUUCCAGCCACGUCAGUGGGACCCUUGGCCAGUUCUACCAGGACGUGGUCUGGAAGCCCCCAGAAGUGGAAGACAACAAGCGAAUGCUGAGCGUUCAGGGGAAUGACCACCUUGCCACCAGAGAGCUCAAGCUGGAUUAUCAAGAGAGGCCUCCAGGAGCACAGAUUUCCUGCUGGUCUGUGGAGCUGUAG